AUGACCCAGUACCCGGAGUACACGCCCGCGUCCUCGGGCCGCGAGCUGGGCAUUAUGUUUGCGUUUAUCGGGGCCUGUCUGGUGACGAUGGGCAUUUAUUCGUUUAUCUGGCGGGGAGUCCAACGCCGCGCCCACGCCGAAGACCUCGGCCGCCGCAAGGCGCUGAAGAACGGCUCCUCGAUGCCGGGUACCCUCGCCGCCGCGGAUGGGCUGCACUUGGGCAACACGACGACGGUGGCGGCAGGCCCCGGGGCCGAGCGGAUGCACGAGAAGAUGAUGGAUCGGUAUGCGGUGGCCGGGGACCGGGCGGAGUUGGCGGUGCAUGGGAUGGCGAGGGGGGAGAGGGCUAAGUUUGGGGGGAGAGGGGAUCUGUUAUGA